GCAGAUUGGUGUAGUGCGAACACACCCGGGCCGUUUGAGUGUGUAGUGAGCGUGCGGUAGUGAAGAGUGCACAGUCACCAGAGUGUUUGUAAACACCAUUAGCUUCAUCCACACACAAGGGUUGGGACUGUCAUGCCACUUCGCCUCAUUCUGAAGGACAACGUUAAACCACAAAAGCGAUUGGACAUUACAGUCUACAGAAUGAUCACUCACACAGCAUUCUUAAAAUCAAUAUCCGUGCGUCUCCUCUAUGAAAACACCAUCCUAGCAUAAGGUUUUCUUAGGCUGUCCUCGGCUGAAUUCACAAAGCAGACACAAUGCCGUGGCCUUUUUCAGAGUCUAUUAAAAAGCGGGCUUGCAGAUAUCUUCUGCAUCGGUACCUGGGCAAUUUUCUCCAAGAAAAGCUGAGUUUGGACCAGCUUAGUGUGGACCUCUAUCAAGGCAAAGGUUCACUUGCACAAGUGCCACUGGACAAAUGGUCACUGAAUGAGAUUCUUGAAUCUGUGGAUGCUCCAUUUGAAGUGACUGAGGGCUUCAUCCAGGCCAUUUCCCUCACUGUACCAUGGUCCUCAUUGCUCCAAGACAACUGUGCUCUGGUAGUCAAAGGCUUGGAAAUGGUGUUCAGGCCAAGACCACGCAUUGCAUCUGGAACAGAGCCCAUGUACUGGUCUAGCUUUAUGACAAGCAGUAUGCAGCUGGCGAAGGAAUGCCUGAGUCAGAGACUGACUGAUGAUCUGGGAGAGAGUUUCCAACCUCUAGAAGGUCUCGAAAAGUUUGCUGAGACAAUAGAGACAGUUUUGAGAAGAGUCAAGGUCACAUUUUUGGAUACAGUCCUCAAGAUUGAACAUGUUCCAGAAAAUUCCAAAACAGGAAUCGCCCUUGAAAUCAGAAUCAAAAGGAUUGUUUACUGUGAUGAAACUGCUGAAGAGGGCUCAAGUGUAAACAUUCAUCAACCCACCACAUUUGCACACAAAAACCUGACAUUGGAGGGUGCAAAUGUUUUUUGGGAUGAGUUUUCAGAGAUCUCUCGUGCCAGUGUCAAAUCGUCCCCCACUCAGUCGGAAACUGAGCCUAAGUUAUCCCCAAGCUGGAAUCCAAAAAUUAUUUGUGAGCCUCACCCACAGUUCACAGAACCUGUAUGUGCCAGCACACCUUUUGAACCUGUGCAGGUGGGCUGCCUUAGUGGCAAACUGGAGCUGUCCCUGGUUCUGAAGCAGAAUGAAGCCAUGCCUGGAGCCAAGCUGGACAUUGAAGGACAGAUUGAUUCAUUAAUCAUGCUUCUGUCACCACGGCAAGUCCACCUGCUACUAGAUAUGUUUGGAGUAUUCUCUUGCUCCGCAGCACAGAAAUGGUCUGGCUUGGCUAAGGACAGAAAAAGUCGUCCCAUGCAGCAGGAAGAUGAGUACCGUCUACAAAUGGAGCUUAACCGCUGCUUAAAAAAGGAGCCAAUGACUGCUGGGAUGAACCAAGACUUGUUUGAGAGCCAGACCACCAGAACCAUGUCAAGCAGAGAAGAUGUAUUUUUCUCCAUGGCUGACAUGGACAUGUCACACAGUCUAUCAUCUCUGCCCCCUCUUGGAGACCCACCCACUGUAGAUCUGGAUUUGUCUCUCAACAGCAACUACUCCACCUCUCUGGGGGAGUCAACCUCUGGCACUGCAACUACUGUAUGGGAUCAGUACUUGGAUAUGCCUAAACAGGAAAAACAAAGCCAUGAAACACAGAUGUUCUCCAGAGACCCUCAGUGCCCAUAUAACCUGCCAAGACAGACCACUUAUUCGUCCAAGGGCCACUGCGAUGAGUCCAGGCCUGAGCUGGUUUUCAGGCUGACGGUGGGCAAUCUAUGCUUGUCUGUCCUGCACAUUGAUCCUCUCCCACCCCCAGACUCAACUCUCAGCCCUCUUGCACCAAUGACCUCUAAAUUUUUCCACAUGAUGGCUAAUGAUCAGCUACAUCUAAGAGGGUUCCUCAAAGCACGAGCUGUUUUUGACCAGGCCUGCCCACACGACCACCUUAGAUUUAUUGGUCAGGGAUUAAAGGUAACAUAUGAGCAUUGCCAAGGCUCCAGCUUACGUACUCUCAGCACAGACCUGUCCCUCAGGUGUAUGGAGCUGCUGGAAUGCCUCUACCCCACAGAGAAUCGCAGAAGCACUGUGCAGAGUGGAGUGCAUUACACAGAGCUCUUAACAUUUGAUGUUGAUACCAGCUGUGAUCCCCCUACACAAACCUGUUUUCAUUUGUUCUACAAGUUAACCGAACGCAGAGGUCCGCAGGGUGGGCAAGUGCGUCUGAGUGCUAUGCCCUGUAAAGCAGAGUUUCAGGUGGAGCUGGGUAAGGCUCGCUCAGAGUGUGACAUCAGCAUUGUGGAUCGUCUCCACUCCCUGCUUCAGCCCCAGAAACUGGCUACCACAGAAACCAUGGCCUCUCACAUGUACACAUCCUAUAACAAGCAUGUUAGCCUUCACAAGGCUUUUGCAGAGGUCUUUCUGGAGGAUAGCCGCAGUCCUGCGCACUGUUUGUUUGCCGUGUCUGUAAAUGCUCCUCAACUAGUGCUAGUGGUACGGUUUCCCAUCCCCGACCUGCGCUCAGACCAGGAGAGGGGCCCUUGGUUUAAAAAAUCUUUGCAAAAGGAGGUGCUGCGCUUAGAGCUGGAGGACGUCGAGCUCAAAACCGAGUUCAGUGGAAAUAGUUCACCGGAGCAGACCAAGAUAGAACUUACCUUUAAGGAGCUCAGUGGUACAUUCCAGAAUGACAAAGAUCAUGAUGCAUCCAGGUUCUUACGUGUGUCACAUACUAUGGAGGAAAACAUGACCUCUUCUGACAAUGGCAAAUUUGAUUGGCCUAGAGUGGUCCUGAAGGUGAACCCCAUGGUUGUACACUCCAUAUUGGAGCGGGUUACGACUGAAGAGGAGGAGGAAGGUGCUGAAGGAUGUUCACAGGAGGAAGAGGAGGAAGAGGAAGGAGCUGCCCAUUCUUUAAAGGACGUGUGCGAUUUUGGUAAACCUGAGCCGUCGCCCUUCUCCUCACGACGUGUCAUGUACGAGAAUGAAGAAAUGGUCAUUCCAGGAGAUGUAGUGGAGAUGACUGAAUUCCAAGAGAAAACCAUGAGCAAUUCCCGUUACAUUCUUGAACUGUCUUUCCCAAAUGUGCAAAUAUCACUACCUAAUAAGGCCUUCUAUGAGAAACUACACAACAGGAUUAACAAUGACCUGCUGCUAUGGGAGCCUACAGCCCCAUCACCAGUGGAGACAGUGGAGAGCAUGCCAUAUGGUGGUGGCCUCUCUGUAGCCAGCCAGCUAAUAAGUACCUACAACAAGGAUAACUUCAGUCAGUUCAGAUCUCUUGGUCCUGAGGAAGAUGAAAGUGGUUCAGAAGAGGAGACUCUGCCAUACUACACUCCAGCUGAGCUGGGCUAUAGGAACAUGAAGAAGAGGAAAAAUAAGAUGCAGUCAAAGAACUCACAGAGCCUGUUCUCUCUUCUGCUAUCUGUAAAUCACUGUCUUGUAGCAGUACAUACAGAGGCUAAGCAAUCGGAUAAAAGUGUGCUGGAAAAUAAACAUGGGGAGUUCUGGAUGGAGUUGAAGAAUGGAGUUGUUUUCAGUGUGACACAGUACGAGGGUUAUAAAGACCAACACUAUGUCUGUUUCCACACCUCAGCAAUCUGCCUGUAUCAUCAAGGCACAGUGGAAGGAGAUGUUUCUGUGUGGGACGUUAAGCUGCCCUGUAGGACACGCCCUCACUGGUUGGAACCUGUGCUAUAUGUGUGUGAGUCUGCAGCAGAAAGAGCAUCUCCCUCAGAAGGACUAAAUAUGGAGCCUCACAGUAUGCUUUCUCUUGCCCUCAAGAUUUCUUCUCAGAGUGCUGAGCGCAAUGUGAAGGAGUUUCUUAUUGCUAUUGGUGUGAGAGCAGCCACAUUUCAGCACAGAGUUGUGCCUUCUACACUGGGUUGGUAUGACCAGAUAGUAGACUUUCUAAAUGUGACUGAUGAACCUGUGCUUGGCUAUACACCUCCAUCCUAUCUUACAACCCUCCACCUACACCUGUGGAGCUGCUCCCUGGAUUACAGACCAUUGUAUCUGCCUGUGAGGUCUCUGCUCACAGUGGAGACCUUCAGUAUUUCCAGCAGUGUCUCUUUGGACCACUCCUCCUCCAGUCUUAGAAUCAUUCUUGAUGAAGCAGCACUGUUUCUGAGUGACAAAAGUAACGCUGUGUCUGUCAACCUGGCCCGAGACUACGUGCAGGUGGUGGAUAUGGGAACUUUGGAGCUCAGGAUUACAGCAGUCAAACCAGGAACAGACGGGGAGAGAACAGAACCGAGGUUUGAGCUGCGCUGCUCGAGCGAUGUCAUUCACAUUCGGACAUGCUCGGACUCUUGUGCUGCACUUAUGAAUCUUAUCCAGUACAUUGCCAGCUAUGGAGACCUGCUGCCUCCAACCAGGCUGGACAGCAAGGGUAGCGGCACCAAGCACAAAUCCAAGCUGGACUUAUUGAACAAGCCGCAGUCCCAUGGCCCACUGCUUCCUGAUGCUGAGCAGCAGAUGCUGCAGGAUCUGAUGAGUGAUGCUAUGGAGGAAACCGACUCCCUGCAGAGUCACACCAUGCAGUCCAAUGGUGUACAUGCGACUCAAACAAGUGAUCAAGAUCCACCACUUUCGGAUCUUUUCCUCUUCCCCGAUGAGAGUGGCACUGUGGGUCAGGAUCCCUUCAAGCGCCCCAUUCUGCAUUCACCCCUAAUCUCUCCCCCUGGCCCCAGCACCCACCAUGACUCUGAUGACUUCUGCAUCCUGGACACUCCAGGCUCUAGAGCAGUGGGAAGGGAUGAAGAGCCAGAGGUAAAGAAGCUGACCUCUGAGCCCAUUUUGGUUCUGGACAACCAUUUUAGUGAACCUCUAGAGGGCAGCACUUCUAGCAAGGGUCCUCUGAACUUCCCUGUGCCUGAAGUCAGGUACAUGGUUAAGGAUAUUUCUGUGAUCUGGCACCUUUAUGGAGGAAAAGACUUUGGCAGUGGACUGCUCUCCUCCUCUCCAGCCCGCAGUCGAGGGUGUACACCUCACAGCUCGCCCUCUCAAACACCAGUAAGACAGACUCGCAGUGGCUCUCGCUCUGGGGGAGGUUGGAGUAGAAAUCCAGAUGUGUUGAUGGAAAUCCAGCUCAGCAAAGUAAGGUUCCAACAUGAAGUCUACCCCAUGAUGGGCCCAGAGACGAGCACCCUGGCUGAACAGCCGGUAUCCAGGCAAAUAUUCUCAGUGCAGGACCUAGAGAUACGAGACAGACUGGCCUCCUCCAUGAUGAACAAGUUUCUUUACUUGUAUUCCAGUAAAGAGAUGCCCCGGAAAGCCCACUCCAACAUGCUAACAGUCAGAGUGUUUCACAUGCGUCCCGAGGUGGGUCAGGCUCCACAAGAGUGCUGCUUGCGUGUUUCACUCAUGCCACUUCGUCUCAACAUUGACCAGGAUGCUCUGUUCUUUCUGAAAGAUUUCUUUACAUGCCUGGCCACAGAAGUAGAGCUCUUUUCCCCACCAGAACAGGAGGCAUUGUGUGUAUCCAUGAAAAAGCCUUCUGGCCCAGAGGUAGCAUGCACAUUUGCUAAAUCCAGUGGUGGAGCAGGUCAGGGCUCUGCACCAAUUAUCUCUGUGCCCACCCAAACUGGUGCCAGUCAGAAUGGCCUUGAGAAUGAGUCUACGAACACAUUAUAUUCUGACCAACCUAUUUUCUUUAGAGAGUUCAGGUUCACUUCUGAAGUGCCAAUCCGACUAGAUUAUCAUGGGAAACACAUGGCCAUGGAGCAGGGAACUUUUGCUGGCAUAGUAAUUGGACUGACCCAGCUAAACUGCUCUGAGCUCAAACUGCGGAGACUUUGCUACAGACAGGGUCUGUUGGGUGUAGAUAAGCUCUUUUCUUAUACCAUUAAUGAAUGGCUCAAUGAUAUUAAAAAGAACCAGCUGCCCGGACUGCUUGGUGGGGUGGGACCCAUACAUUCCUUGGUACAACUUGUCCAGGGCAUUCGGGAUCUAGUGUGGCUGCCCAUAGAGCAGUAUCGAAAGGACGGUCGAAUAGUGCGGGGCUUUCAGCGAGGCACUGCCUCAUUUGGGACCUCCACUGCAAUGGCAGCCCUGGAGCUUACCAAUCGCAUGGUGCGAACCAUCCAGGCAGCUGCAGAAACGGCGUAUGAUAUGGUGUCGCCAGUAAUAGAUGAGAGAGAGUGCAAAAAAAUGAAACGCUACUCACAUUUUCGACUGGCUCAUCAGCCUGUAGACCUCAGGGAAGGUGUGGCUAAAGCGUACUCUGUAGUGAAAGAGGGCAUCGCAGAUACGGCUUUAACGAUUUACGAUACAGCUACCCGUGAGCAUGAGCAGAGGGGAAUGACCGGCGCAGUGGGCGGAGUCUUACGCCAACUUCCUCCUGCUGUUGUUAAACCUCUGAUCGUUGCUACAGAAGCCACCUCCAAUGUGCUGGGAGGCAUGAGGAACCAGAUUCACCCAGAUGCUCGCCAGGAGGAAUCCCAGAAAUGGCGUCUGGGAGAAGAGUAAUCAAAGUGACUGUGUGAUUUUUCUGUCUAAGGCUGAUGCUGGUGCCAAACAUGGUAAUAUAGCUAAGCCAACAUUGCACUUCACUUUAUAUAAUCAGCUUGGCUGACCGAGCUGUUAGCAACUCGUGUCCACAUUUUGCUGCUUACAGUUUAAUUAAAGUCCAUGGUAAUGUCUUACUGAUAUUCCUGCUUUACAAAGACCAUGGCAGCAAAGCCCUAGCUGCACAAGGCUGAGCCUAACUGGAUUAACAGGAUUUUUCCUAAAUAUCAGCAGUCCUGGUCCCUUAGAUUUAAUGACCUGAAAACCGCAGCACUAGAGUAAUGAAUUGCUGUCUUUGCUGGAAAAGGUUAAUUAGUUUUUUUCUGAAAACUUUCCGGUUUUGUAUCGGCAAACAUCUGUAAACUGGCCUCGUCCAUGCUGCAUUUUCGGUUCUGAUUUGAGCUACACUAAUAUUUAGUAUGGCAAUCCAAUGUGAUAAAACAGCCCUUAGCCUGGAAAUUGUGCAGCUUUUAAGUUUGUCCAACUCAUCGUGAUCCACCAUUAAACAAAGUGGCAUGUAACACUUGCAGGAAACAAGUAACUAUUCCUUCUGCUUAGAAAAUCUAGUUCAGGAAGAAAGCAGAUAAAGGAAAUGGAGAAAUUAGAAUGUUUUAAGAGGUGAGAUUAAUCAUGUGUAAUAAGAUCAACUUUCUUUUCUUGUUUGUGAUAUUCAGGUCAUAUCUUUUAGCAUUUCUAUUAUGUUAAAGUGCUUUUUUUUUGUAAAUGCAUGCUCAAUUUUUGGAGCAUUUGUUUGAUAAUUCAAUCUGGCAAAGAUCUUUUGCUUAUUUAUUUAAAAACUAUAUUUUGUUCUAUUUUGUAUCCAAAUAAAGGUAACUAUGAUUUAUAUCACCUUUUAAAUAUUCCAUUUCUCUUCAUCAAUGGUGUUAGUCAUAAACGCCAUUGUUUUGUUCACAUGGGUUAUUUUGGGCACUUAAUCUAGUUAAUAAUAACUCUAAAUGGUCUGAAUGUCACCCAAAAGGCAUGUAGUGCCUUAAUGGAUUUAAAAUAUAUGGAUAUAUAAAAUUCUAAUUAAUUUUAUUUAACACUGUAUUAGGGUAGCUUUUCACUUUAGUUUUUGCCCAACAUUAGAAUUUUUUUAUGGCAUUUCCUCAUGACUAAGAACAAAAAAGGGAAAAAUUAAACAGAAUGGACAGUUCCUGAAAGACUACUUGCAUUAGGUUUUUUGUUUUUAAAUCCUGUUUAGUUAGUUCAAUUAUAUUCCCUAAGUAUUUUUUUUUUCUAUAAGACAACCUAACUAGUUAAAGAUUACUAAUAACAGAGUUUAACUACAAUGUUUCCACCUGCUGUAAAAAAAAGAAAAAAAAAAAAUGUUUUGUGUAAAAAUGUGUUAAGCAAUUUUAGUUCUGCAAAGAAUUUGGUGUUUUUGUUUAACUGCUUAGGAUGUGUUUGCUUUGGUGACAUUCCCUAGAAUCUGUAUUAAUACACGUCUUAUGGAUAUUACUUUUAAGUCCAGGGCAGAGCCAUAUUCUCUGGAGCUUUUGCUCAUACAAAUUGUCAUCACUGCAAGCAAUUACACAAAUAUAACACUCAUCCUUAUGCAUAUCAAAUGUGAAUACAUGUGUAUAGAUUGUUUAGUUGUGCAUAAUACAAAUGCUCUUGGGAUUUUGCUUUUUUGUGUAUGACAUUUGGAAACUCACACCUGCACACCUUUUCUUUACAGCUGAGAGAAACUGAUAUCCAAGCCCCUGGUUUAAAUGGUAGUAGCAGAUUUGUACAUUAAUGUAAAUUGAAUUUGUGCAGUUUACAUAAAAGCAUGUGUUAUCUAUAAUAAACUGUUUAAUGUCCA